AUCGCUGCUGAAUUUGUGGUCACCGAUAGCAAGCUUUUUAACGAGGCGGAAUGGUUACAUGAUUGUAGAAUUUGCUAUCAGGGUAAUGUUUUAUCUCGACUUUAUGCGUGCACGGGCAGUAGUAAGUAUCUGGGAUUGAAAAUCUACGGCAACGGCUUUGUCAUCUCGUUGGGCAGGAAAUUGCCGCUCCAAAACCAGUGCGAAUAAUGCGAUUUGACCUUUUUUUCCCUCUCGCUUCAAAAAAUGACAUCACCAGCUAAAACGAAAAAUAUCCUAGUUGGAGCGACAGGCAGUGUUGCCAGUAUAAAGAUUCCAGAGCUCGUGCGAUUGUUUAAAGAGGAUCCCACCGUGGAUGUGAAGGUUGUCCCGACUGAGGCAGCACGCUUUUUCUUCAAAGCAGAGGAUGUGGACGCAGAUAUGUAUACCGAUCAGCAGGAAUGGGAGAUGUGGAAGAAAAAGACCGAUCCUGUUUUACAUAUUGAUCUUCGUAAUUGGGCAGAUAUUAUGGUGGUGGCACCCUUGGAUGCCAAUACGUUAGGGAAACUGGCAAACGGACUGUGCGAUAAUCUAUUGACAUGUGUAUUACGAGCGUGGGAUCCGUGUCGCCCCGUGGUUGUGUGUCCAGCUAUGAACACAAACAUGUGGAACCACCCUUUCACGAACAAGCAUUUGGAUGUAUUGCAAAAGUCACUUAAUUUCAAUGUUAUUGAUCCUAUCAGUAAGCAAUUAGCAUGUGGCGAUAUUGGUAUUGGCGCGAUGGCUGAACCAGCUUGCAUUGUUCGUGAAGUACUUGCACUUUUGGACAAACCCACCACGCCCAAUCUCACGGAAGGUGACUUGAUAUGAUAAAAUUAAAUGAUCCAAUGAGGUAUUCAUGUUUGAUACCAAAAGAGGACACGUCUUCUUAUUGUAAUAUAUAAAAGCCCCAUCUACAAUUACUGGAUGUUUUUCUUCUUUUCCAAAAGGAAAUCGAAAAAGGAAAAAAAAAAAGUGCAUGACGUCAGGUGAAUUUAUUUUUUGUGUGCAUUUAGGCAAAACCCACAAAACCCUUUAUCCCUACGGCAACACUAUCUUGUUCAUCACACAAUGGCGACCAUGCCGAAAAUGGUGGCUCUUUUCGAUUGCACGGCCGAUGAUGUCGGCGAAAUAUCGUUCAAAGAAGGCGACAUUCUGGUGGAUGUCGUGAAAUCGGCCGAAGAAGGAUG